AUGUCUAAGCGCGAGCAAGCACGCUCUCCAUGGCAGAAAAGCUUCCAAAAGGAAUGCCGCGCCUUCGUGAAAGAAGCAGAGGCCCUAGCGGAUUACGCCAGACUACACCCGGAGAAUCAUGAACACGAGCAUAACAGCAAUAUUACUAGAGGGCUUAUAAGUCUAUGGUCUAAAAUAGCGCAAGUGAAAGACACCGGACUUGAUAUGAUUGCGGAAACCCCGAGAUGUUCUCUCGUUCUCAAGGAAGACAGCUAUUGGUUCAACCGGGAUCUGGCAGAUCAGACUGAGUUUGAAGACGAAUGCGAUGAGAUAGAGGCCCAUUUAGAGGGACUGGCAAUAAAGGUUGAACAUCGUGAGAUAGAGAACCUUUGGCUUGCUGGAUUCCUUGAGUCGACGGCUUUGCAAAUCCAGGACAGGUUUCAUGUAUAG